CUUCUCUACGCUUUGCUAUGCAGUGCCUUGGCGGCGCAUGUGAGCCUCUGCGACUGUAUUAAAACUGCUAAUCCUUCCGAUGUGAUUGUUUUUGGGCGCCAUCACUUGUUUAAUGCGCACGGAUUUCCUCCCGCCCAACCGCAUUCUCCCGCUAUCGAAUCUCCUCACCCGAUUCGGCCCAGUGAAGCGGGAUGUUCUCGUUGCGACACGCGGUGGAAGAGUGGCUAGAUUGCGAUAGUGUUCAAGAGUGAAGGAAGAGUUCUAGGUAAGAUGGGCUUUCGUAUUACGACGUGGAACGUCAACGGUAUAAGAAAUCCAUUUGGGUAUCAGCCAUGGAGAGAAAAGCGUACUUUUCAGGCGAUGUUCGAUAUUCUCGAAGCCGACAUUGUUGUGAUGCAAGAGACCAAGAUUCAGCGGAAAGACUUGACGGAUGAUAUGGUUCUGGUUCCUGGGUGGGACGUAUACUUCAGUCUACCGAAGCACAAGAAAGGCUACUCUGGCGUUGCCAUAUACACGCGGAAUGCUACCUGUGCACCUAUUAGGGCUGAAGAAGGCAUAUUGGGUGUGCUCUGUCCUCCCAAAUCAUCGACACAGUUCCGGAACCUACCCAAAGACCAACAGAUUGGGGGCUACCCAAGACCAGGACAGCUCCCAGGAAAUAUCGACGAACUGCUACUGGACUCCGAAGGAAGAUGCGUCAUUCUCGAAUUCCCUGCCUUUGUGCUCUUGGGUGUUUACAGCCCGGCUAACCGCGAUGAGUCAAGGGUGGAAUUUCGCAUGGAGUUUCUGCAGGCCCUCGAUGCUAGGGUGCGAAACUUGGUCGCUGAGGGCAAGGAGGUGGUUUUGGUGGGGGACUUGAACGUGAGUCGCUCCGUGCCCGACUCCACCAACGUUGUCGAGAACCUUCGAAAAGAAGGUCUGAGCAUAGAGGAGUGGAUGAACCUACCUUCACGCCGCCUCUUCAAUCAUCUGGUCUACGGAGGCACGGUGCAAGGAGAUCGGGAUGAAGGGCGGGAGCAGCCUGCGCUGUGGGAUCUAUGCAGAGAAUUCCACCCCGCACGAGAGGGCAUGAACACAUGCUGGGAUACGAAACGAAACACACGGCCGGCCAACAACGGCAGCCGCAUCGACUACGUGCUUUGCAGCAAUGGGCUGAAAGACUGGUUCAUAGAGGCCAACAUCCAGGAAGGCCUAAUGGGAUCUGAUCACUGCCCGGUUUUUGCUACGCUAGCUGACGUCGUUACGACUGGGACCGAAAAGGUGCCGUUGUUGAACCUUGUCAAUCCAGCUGGCAUGGUUGACAGGGACGGUCGACGCCUCCGUGAAUGGCAUCUGAAGGACGUCUUGCCUUUAUCAGCCAAGCUGAUUCCUGAGUUCGACCGGCGACAGAGCAUCCGGGACAUGUUUACGAAGAAAGCUGGCGCUAAGCCGUCGAGCUAUUCUUCGUCACUGGCGCCUUCCAGCGCCACAGAGUCUACCCCAGAAGGAGAGCCUGUGGCCGACUUGGCACGCUUGGAGCAGCCUGGUAGCCAGACGAAGACGAAGACGAGCCACGCUCAUCACAGGCUCGGACUGAGCGGCGCUAGCCACUCCGCAGAUUCGAAAUCGCCAACUGGGUCGGAGCCAGAGGCGCAAUCCACAAAACGUGCUGCGGGGUCCGUCGAUCGUGCUCAACCACCCUCUCCGAAGCGCAACAAAGUGGUUGACACUGGUGCUAACACUAAUCUGGGCGCCACGGAAAAGAAGAAUGCCAGAAGCUCUCGCGCUGGCAUCAAAGGCCAAAAAACUUUACAGGGCUUUUUUCAGCCCUCGCCCACUAACCGGAUGCCAGGGAGAAAGGACAGCGACACGACCACAAGUACCAGCGCCCCAUUUUCUGGCGAGCAAACAACAACGCAGCCCUUUGAGCCCCUGUCGUCACACCAGGUCCAGCUAGCUUCCCCGGUUGCAAAUCUGCCACCAGAGACAAGCGGCAGUAAUUGGCCGGAAGGGUUGCCGGAUUCAGCGUUUCCAGCGAAGUCAGCUCCUAAAGCCUCCACCCAGUCGAUGGAAGCUGCUGCCAAAGUGUUUGAUCCGAUUCAAGCAAAAGAAUCCUGGUCGAAACUUCUGGGAAGGCGGAUGCUUCCCCGAUGCGAGCAUAAUGAGCCCUGUAUCAGCCUCACCACGAAGAGACCGGGUGUGAAUUGUGGACGGUCAUUCUAUAUCUGCGCCCGACCACUAGGCCCCUCUGGCGAAAAAGAACGAGGCUCUGAGUGGCGUUGCGGUACUUUCAUUUGGAGUAGCGACUGGAACGGAUCACCAUCGUAGCAGAGCGCCGGUUGCAUUUGAGCUUGGAUGCAUCUGCGUACUGGGCUGUAGAGUCCGCGGCAUUUUUCUUUCCAAUGAGAGGACAGCAGUCUGCUUGCCACUGUAACUGUUUUGGCGGCAUUGGACUCGUAUUCAUGGUGUCCUGAAAUGCCGAGUGGCAUCAGUAAUACCCCUUUACGAAAAUCUACGGGAUGUUCGGUGGCGUUCAUGUGAAGAGAGUAGAAGUAUAUAGAUUUAGUGUCUAUGUCAGAAGAAAGCAACUAAUAGAUCUGGUAUUGGCAUUUACUGAAGGGGUAGACCUGGGGGAUCUAGUGUCGAUGCCUGAAGAAGUACAUUCGGAACGCAAUGCUUUAGGAGACUGCUGUAUGCCAUCCUGUAGAAUUGAGAUGAAGGAAUCGUGAAAUCUGAGUGUCUGUUGUCCUACUACCUAAUAGCUCUAUAUGGCAAAUUAACAGCAAUGAAG